AUGUUGGGAUCUCGUCGCCAUCAGAUUGUGACCUUAAUGACCAUGGGCAGGGUGUUUCAGCUCCAUCCGUCGCUCCAUGGCAUUCGCUUUGCCAGCACCGAGUUCAAGAAGGUGAUGGUGGCAAACAGAGGUGAGAUUGCUACUCGAGUCUUCCGUGCUUUGUCUGAACUCAACAAAACUUCGGUAGCCAUCUUCUCGGAACAGGUAUGCUGACCUUACCUUAUGAGUUUUCAGCAAUUUAUAUGGGUAAAGUUCUAGAUAAAGUACAAUUAUGACGCGGUUUAAAACUAAAUUUCAGGACAAACAUUCCUUGCAUCGGCUCAAGGCAGACGAAGCUUAUUUGGUUGGCAAAGGCCUUCCCCCCGUCGAGGCCUACCUCAAUAUCGAGCAGAUCAUCGAGGUUGCUCUCAGACACGACAUUGAAGCUAUCCACCCCGGUUACGGCUUCUUGUCCGAACGUUCUGACUUUGCUCGUGCUUGUCACGAUGCCGGGAUCGCCUUCAUUGGCCCUCCGGCCGAAGUUAUGGCCAGAAUGGGGGACAAAGUGGCGGCCAGACAAGCUGCGAUUGAGGCUGGAGUUGAAGUCGUCCCUGGUUCUCCUGGACCUGUUGCUAAUGUCGAAGAGGUGAAAGAUUUCGUCAAACAAUAUGGAUGUCCCAUCAUUGUCAAGGCGGCCUUUGGAGGUGGUGGCAGAGGAAUGAGGAAGGUCGACAAGCCAGAAGACGUAAGUUGAAUAUUGAGUGAGAGCUGAGAAGUUCAAUUUUGUCUAGAUUGAAUUUUAACACGACUUUUUUGUUUUGUACCGUAUUUUAAAACAGGUAGAUUUUUGGACUUGCGCCCGACCUUUUCUGAUCUGCGGAAUUAAGUUAUACGAACACAAGAAAAAUUCACAAUAAAAAAUGAAACAGUUCAUACAAAUGAAAAUAUUGUUUUUUAUAAUGUGCUUGGUACUUGUUUUAGUGGUGGAAUACGUUAAUUAAUUUUACUUAAGCUUAAAUGUUGUUUUAGGUUGAAAAUGCAUAUCAACGUGCCUCAUCAGAAGCUUUGGCGGCGUUCGGAGAUGGAUCUCUGUUCGUUGAGAAGUUUGUUGAACGGCCAAGACAUAUUGAAGUGCAGAUUAUGGGUAAGUUACACUAUUGUUUUGCUAAGACCUGAGUAUUUUUUGAGUAUAUUUUGUUUUAGAUCUAAAUGUAUUUGUUUGGUAUUACCUAAAAAACGGUGUUACGAUUAAACUAGUUUAGGUGACAAAUAUGGUAACGUGGUCCACUUGUUCGAAAGAGACUGUUCGGUCCAAAGACGGCACCAAAAGGUGGUCGAGAUUGCUCCAGCUCCCAACUUGGACGAUGAAGUUCGCCAGAAGAUGGUGGCUUCAGCAUUGAAGCUGGUGAAGCACGUGGGAUACUCUAAUGUCGGUACCGUUGAGUUCUUGUUGGACAACCAACAGAACUACUACUUCAUGGAGGUCAACGCUCGUCUUCAAGUGGAACAUACCGUCACUGAGGAGGUUACUGGGUAGGUGUUACAGCGUUGAUGUUCUGUCUCUAUUGAAUUCUUCUAAAGGGUUGAGAAAUAAGCUGCAUUUGAACGAAUUAUGUUUGGAAUGACUUUUAGUGUUGACCUUGUACAAUCUCAGAUCCGUAUCGCUGAAGGCAAACGUUUGGAAGAUCUGAACUUGCAACAAGAGAACAUUCACAUCAACGGAUUCUCGAUCCAAUGUCGCGUCACCACUGAAGACCCAGCCAUGCACUUCCAACCUGACACUGGCAGAAUUGAAGUAUUCAGGUCGGCCGAGGGUAUGGGUAUUCGUCUGGACUCGGCUUCGGCUUUUGCUGGCUCAGUGAUCUCUCCUCACUACGAUUCCUUGCUGGCCAAGGUGAUUGCAAGUGCCAGAAACUUUCCGAAUGCAUCGGCCAAGAUGGUGCGAGCUCUGAAGGAGUUCAGAAUCAGAGGUGUCAAGGUAAAGAUUUGAUUUAUUGCAAUAUAUAAUGGCACUUUGUCAUAGUAAAUGCCUUGGAUUUUUUACACGUAUUUUCUCACUUUGCUACGGUUUUUUAAGAGAGUAAACUUAAAGAAAUGUUUUAGACGAACAUACCGUUCUUGGUAAACGUGCUCCAGCAACCCAAGUUUGUCAACGGAUCUGUAGAUACUUACUUCAUCGACGAGCACCCGGAUCUCUUUAGUUUCACUACCAGUCAGAAUCGUGCUCAGAAGAUUCUGAGAUACCUUGGUGAACUCCAAGUGAACGGAUCUCUGACUCCGCUGGUAACCGACUUGAAGCCAAAGAACGUUGUUCCAGCUGUACCUCCGGUUCCUCUGGGUAAGAAUGAUGUGAAUGCAAUCUAUUUUUACUUUGUUACUUCGAAACUAAUUUUAUCAACAUGUUUUACGUUUCCAAAACGUUUAGUUUUGUUUAAGAUCAGAAGCCUCCUGCUGGUCUUCGAGACAUUUUGGUACAAAAAGGUCCAGAAGCCUUUGCCAAGGCCGUGAGACAGAACAAGGGAUGUCUUCUGACCGAUACCACUUCCAGAGAUGCCCAUCAGAGUCUGCUGGCUACUCGUGUCAGAACAUACGAUCUGCUACAGAUCGCUCCAUUCCUUGCUCACAACUUCAACAACUUGUUUUCGUUGGAGAACUGGGGCGGUGCCACCUUCGAUGUGUCUAUGAGAUUCCUCCACGAAUGUCCGUGGGAGAGAUUGGAGCAGUUGAGGAAGCUGGUACCCGGAAUCCCAUUCCAGAUGCUGCUUCGUGGAGCUAACGCGGUUGGCUACUCCAGCUUCCCCGACAACGUGAUCGACAAGUUCUGCGAGCUGGCUGUCAGAAGCGGCAUGGACGUCUUCAGAGUGUUCGACUCCUUGAACUACGUCCCCAACAUGAUUGUUGGCAUGGAAGCCAUUGGAAAGGCUGGUGGUGUGAUUGAAGCUGCCAUUUCCUACACUGGGGAUGUGUCUGACAAGAACAGGACCAAGUACGACCUCAAGUACUACCUGGACUUGUCAGAUCAGCUGGUGAAGGCAGGAGCUCAUGUUCUGGGCAUCAAAGACAUGGCUGGUGUCCUGAAGCCAGAAGCUGCCAAGUUGUUGAUCACGGCUCUGAGAGAUCGUCAUCCUGACAUUCCUAUUCACGUUCACUCUCACGACACUGCUGGAGCUGCUGUAGCAUCGAUGUUGGAGUGUGCGAAGGCAGGAGCUGAUGUUGUUGAUGUAGCUGUUGACUCGAUGAGUGGAAUGACCAGUCAGCCUUCGAUGGGAGCUGUUGUAGCAUCGUUGGAGAACACUCCAUUGGAUACUGGCAUCAAGCUCGAGAACGUGUCCAAGUACAAUGCUUACUGGGAGACUGCCAGACAGUUAUACGCUCCAUUUGAAUGUACUGUAACUAUGAAGAGUGGUAAUGCUGAUGUAUAUCACCACGAAAUUCCUGGAGGUCAGUACACCAACUUGCAGUUCCAGGUGAGUAUUGAUGAAGUUGGUAGGGUGUUCCUAAAAGACUGACAUAUUUUGAUAAAAAUGUUGUUUUAGGCAUUUUCACUGGGCCUUGGCGAGCAGUUUGAUGAAGUCAAGAAGAUGUACGCUGAAGCUAACGACGUUCUCGGCGACAUCAUCAAGGUCACCCCCUCCAGUAAGAUUGUUGGAGAUUUGGCCCAAUUCAUGGUCCAGAACAAGCUCAACAAGCACACGGUAGUGGAACGUGCUGAAGAACUAUCGUUCCCGACUUCUGUAGUCCAAUUCUUCGAAGGCCAGAUCGGUCAACCACCCUACGGAUUCCCAGAACCUCUGAGAACGAAGGUGCUACGAGGAAAGAAGAAGCUCGAGGACCGACCAGGCAAGAACAUGGCUCCACUCGACUUUGACGCGCUUCAGAAGAGUCUGGAGGAGAAGCACGGUAGAAAGCUGAGAGAUGUUGAUGUUAUGUCAUCAGCUAUGUUCCCGAGGGAGUUUGACGAGUUUGAACAGUUCAGGCAGACAUACGGACCUGUAGACAAACUCGACACUCGGGUCUUCUUGACUGGAUUGGACACUGCUGAAGAAACUGAUGUAAGUUGACUUUAUUGUUUGUUGAGAUUGUCAUCAAAAAUAAUUGGGCAAGAAUUCAUACUCCAUCUUGUAGGUAACCAUCGAGAAAGGAAAGACACUGGUAAUCAAGCACUUGGCCGAAGGAAAGAUCAACGCCAACGCGGAGAGAGAAGUCUUCUUCGAGUUGAACGGCCAAAUGAGAUCCAUCUUUGUGCAAGACAAGGAAGCGGCCAAGGAUGUGGUUUUGAGGCCAAAGGCCGUCCCUGGCGUCAAGGGAUCGAUCGGAGCUCCGAUGCCCGGCGAGAUUCUUCAGAUCAACGUGAAAGAAGGCGACGUUGUCACGGCCAAGACGCCACUGUUCGUGCUGUCGGCCAUGAAGAUGGAAAUGAAUGUAGAUACUCCCAUCAACGGCACGGUCAAGAAGAUCCACAUGAGAGAGGGCGAGAAGGUUGAGCCCAACGAUCUGGUCAUCGAAGUCGAACCCAAUUAG